CCCACGGCGCGCUCGGGUUGGCUGCGGCGGCGAUCGCGGCGGCGGCGGUCCCGAGAGCGGUGGUGGUUCCUGCUUUGCUUUAAUAGUUCCCUCCGCCCCCUCCCGUCGGACGCUGCUGUGUGAUUUUGCCUUUACAAAAAUCAACUUUAUUGUUCCUCAGCCCCACCUCCCGACGCGGCGCGCGUCCUCAGGAUGCACUGAAGACAGAGGGGAGGGAGGCGGCGGCGGCGGCGGCGGCGGCGGGUCGCGGUCCCUCUCCUCCGAGCUCCCAGCCGGAGGGGAGGGAGUCACGAUGUCUGGGAGCCGCCAGGCCGGAUCGGGCUCCGCCGGCACCAGCCCGGGCUCCUCGGCGGCCUCCUCGGUGACUUCCGCCUCCUCGUCCUUAUCCUCUUCCCCGUCGCCCCCUUCCGUAGCGGCUUCGGCGGCGGCUCUGGGGUCCGGCGGGGCGGCCCAGGCCACGGGCUCCGGCGGUCUCGGGGGCCCGGCGCGGCCUGUGCUGGUGGCGGCCGCGGUGUCCGGCAGCGGCGGCGGGAGCGGCGGCGGGGCGGUGUCCGCGGGCCUGUCCCGGCUCAGCUGCGCGGCCAGGCCCAGCGCCGGCGUAGGAGGGAGCAGUUCCAGCCUAAGCAGCGGCAGCAGGAAGCGACCUCUGCUCGCCCCCUUGUGCAACGGGCUCAUCAACUCCUACGAGGACAAAAGCAACGACUUUGUCUGCCCCAUCUGCUUUGAUAUGAUCGAGGAAGCAUACAUGACGAAGUGUGGUCACAGCUUUUGCUACAAGUGUAUUCAUCAGAGUUUGGAGGAUAAUAAUAGAUGUCCCAAGUGUAACUAUGUUGUGGAUAAUAUUGACCAUCUGUAUCCUAAUUUCUUGGUGAAUGAGCUCAUUCUCAAACAGAAGCAAAGAUUUGAGGAAAAGAGGUUCAAAUUGGACCACUCAGUGAGUAGCACCAAUGGCCACAGGUGGCAAAUAUUUCAGGAUUUGUUGGGAACUGACCAAGAUAACCUUGAUUUGGCCAAUGUCAACCUUAUGCUGGAGUUACUAGUGCAGAAGAAGAAACAACUGGAAGCAGAAUCACAUGCAGCCCAACUACAGAUCCUUAUGGAAUUCCUCAAGGUUGCAAGAAGAAAUAAGAGAGAGCAACUGGAGCAGAUUCAGAAGGAGUUAAGUGUUUUGGAAGAGGAUAUCAAAAGAGUGGAAGAAAUGAGCGGCUUAUAUUCUCCUGUCAGUGAGGAUAGCACAGUGCCUCAAUUUGAAGCUCCUUCUCCAUCACACAGUAGUAUUAUUGAUUCCACAGAAUACAGCCAACCUCCAGGUUUCAGUGGCAGUUCUCAGACAAAGAAACAGCCCUGGUAUAACAGCACAUUAGCAUCAAGACGAAAACGACUCACUGCUCAUUUUGAAGACUUAGAGCAAUGUUACUUUUCUACAAGGAUGUCUCGUAUCUCAGAUGACAGUCGAACUGCAAGCCAGUUGGAUGAAUUUCAGGAAUGCUUGUCCAAGUUUACUCGAUAUAAUUCAGUACGACCUUUGGCUACAUUGUCAUAUGCUAGUGAUCUCUAUAAUGGUUCCAGCAUAGUUUCUAGUAUUGAAUUUGACCGGGAUUGUGACUACUUUGCAAUUGCUGGGGUUACAAAAAAGAUCAAAGUCUAUGAAUAUGGCACAGUCAUUCAGGAUGCGGUGGAUAUUCAUUACCCUGAAAAUGAAAUGACCUGCAAUUCCAAAAUCAGCUGUAUCAGUUGGAGUAGUUAUCAUAAGAAUCUAUUAGCCAGCAGUGAUUAUGAAGGCACCGUCAUCCUAUGGGAUGGAUUCACAGGACAGAGGUCAAAGGUCUAUCAGGAGCAUGAGAAGAGAUGUUGGAGUGUUGACUUUAAUUUGAUGGAUCCUAAACUCUUGGCUUCAGGUUCUGAUGAUGCAAAAGUGAAGCUAUGGUCUACCAACCUGGAUAACUCAGUGGCAAGCAUUGAGGCGAAGGCUAAUGUGUGCUGUGUUAAAUUCAGUCCCUCUUCUAGAUACCAUUUGGCUUUCGGCUGUGCAGAUCACUGUGUUCACUACUAUGAUCUUCGUAACACUAAACAGCCAAUCAUGGUAUUCAAAGGACACCGAAAAGCCGUCUCUUAUGCAAAGUUUGUGAGUGGUGAGGAAAUCGUCUCUGCUUCAACAGACAGCCAGCUAAAGCUGUGGAAUGUAGGGAAGCCAUACUGCCUACGCUCCUUCAAGGGUCAUAUCAAUGAAAAAAACUUUGUAGGCCUUGCUUCCAAUGGAGAUUAUAUAGCUUGUGGAAGCGAGAACAACUCUCUUUACCUGUACUAUAAAGGACUUUCUAAGACUUUGCUAACUUUUAAGUUUGACACAGUCAAAAGUGUUCUGGACAAAGACCGAAAGGAAGAUGACACAAAUGAAUUUGUUAGUGCUGUGUGCUGGAGGGCACUUCCAGAUGGGUGUGAACAAUGUAAGACUGGCAGGAAACCAAGGUACCUCUCUGUGUUGAAGUGAACCACCUGCAUCUCAGCUGUCCUUGGCAACUGUGCUCACUUUCUGUGGUUUGGGGAGAGAUCCAAGAAGCUAUGCAUGGUUUUGAAGAUGCUGUGCACAUUGAAUAUCCUAUCUUAUAUCCUUUUAUAAAGCUAACGAAGAGCUAGAUUUAAAACUAAUUGUGUCUGCUCCUGUGACCCUUGCUGGUGGUGGGACACAUCAUUAAAACUGCUGAAAAAAUACAACGGGAGAUUCUUAAAAGAAAGCAGAGAAAAGCUGUCUUCAAAGAAAGGGUAAUUGGACUGACAACAUCUCAAUGAAACAAUAGAAAUCAAAAGAUAGUGGAGCAAGAUCUUCAGUGUGUGAAGGAAAAAUACCUGCCAAUCUAGCAUUCCGUAUCCAGUAAAUGAAGACUUUUUUAGAUAAAUAAGAUGAAGCAUUUGCCACCAGUAGAAAAUUUUCUGCACUAAAGAAAAUCUUAAAGGAUAUUCUUAAGGCAGAAGGGGAAAAAAAUGCAGAAGAUGGAAGGUCAUAGUUGCAGAAAGGAAUGGAAAGCAAUAGAAAUGGUAAAUAUGCAGUAAAUCUAAAUGCAUGUUGACUGUAUAAAGUAAUGAUGUCUGUUGGACAUAAUACACACACAGAAUUAAGUACUUGACAAUAAUAAGUCAGAAGAAUAAAUGUGAUUAAAGUGUCUCAAGCCCUUGCUUUGUCAAGGAAGGUGGCAAAAGAACUAAUUAAUAUUAGACAGAAAGGGUGCAUAUUAUAGUUCAUAGGAUAACCUCUAAAGUAGGUUCUUAAAGUCUACUUUUGCUUCUAGGCUUAUAAUAUUUGCUUUUAAUUCCUUCCAUUUAAAGUCAGAAAAUGUCUAAAAUUGUUUGUUUUAAUCUGAGGGACAGUACUUUGUCCUUUCUCUUUUUCUGUCUUCCUAAUACCUUCCCUGUGUCUAAAAGCACAUCAGAGUCUUCUGUCCUUUUUUCUUCUGUUAGUGGCUUUAGCAUUUCUACUGUUAGAGUGCCACAACCUCUUGUACCACAUUAAAUUUUCAAAAGGGUUUUAAGAUAAGUUUGAACUGUAUCAAAAAUACUUCUUUCUUUUUUUUAGAAGAAGAAUUUUUUAUUAUACAACAUAGGUCCUCUCUAGGAUACUUAGAAAUGUUAAUAUUUAUUCUAUACUAAUAAAGAAUUCAGAAUUCUUCAUUUUAUAUUUUGUUUUUACUUUAUUAUUUUAAUUCAUUUGAAGAUAUUUUAAUUAAACUUUAGUAAUUUAGAAUUAUUGACAUAUGAAUAUUCUGUUAUUGCCAGAUUCUUAGGAUUUUAACCCCCAAGAGUUAAUCUUAUUUGUAUUACCUAUUUUGGUAUUAAUGUCAUGAUUUUUUUUAAAAGGGGGAAAUUUGUAUGAAAUAACUGCUUGGAAUACCACUUACCACUCUACUUUUAUUUAGACUUUGAAAUUUAAUUUCCCCAUUGGUUGGUUUUUAAAUAUAAAUAAAGUGAGCUUGAUCAUAUGUUUGACUUGCUGUAAUAAAAAAAAUUAGUAUCCAUUUAUUUGAAAAAAUAAUCGUAAAGUCUAAAACUGUGUACUUGAAUGUAGUGUAUCCAUAUAUGAUUGAACAUCCGAAUACAUUCCAUUGAAUAAUUACACAAUCUAUGAAA